AUGUCUAAUACAACUAAUUAUAGUCCAAUACUAGGUACACCUACUCCUUUUUUUAAUCAAAAUAAUAAUAAUAAUAUAACUAGUAGUAGUACGAGUACUACUUCUACUUCUACUUCUACUACAAACACAAAUACAAAUACAACACCUCUAUCACCACAAUCAUCUACAUCAUCAUCAACAACAUCAUCAAUAUUAUCACCUUCAUGUGUAAAUCAACCUACUUCACCAUCUUCUACGACAACAACAACUACAACAACUACUAGUACAAAUACAAUUUCACCACCUAUCUUUACAUCAGCAAUCAACCCAAACUCUGUAUUAUCUUCAUUACAACAACAGCCAGCAGAGAAAAUACAUAAUGUAACGACUGUAUCCUCACAACCAAGUAAAAGAAGAAGAACAUUUACAAAAGAUCUUAAACAUAUGAUGUAUGGUUUUGGUGAUGUAAGAGAUCCUCUACCAGAUACAGUAGAUCUAUUGGAAGAGAUUGUUUUCGAAUAUAUUCAAGAGAUGACAUUGAAAGCAGCACAGGUAUCAACAAAAAGAGGUAGAUUUCAAACAGAGGAUUUAGUAUUUCUUGUUAGAAAGGAUGCAAAGAAAUAUCAUCGUGUCAUCGAACUACUAAAGAUGAAUGAAGAGCUAAAGAAAGCAAAGAGAGCUUUUGACGAUACUCAAGAACCAGUAGAUGAAGAAUAA